GUCCCGUCGACGUUCUACAAGGCUUCUCCCCUCGGCUGCUCUCUCUUGUGCUUAUAUUUCGCCGUCGAACUAUACUUUUGCCGAAAGUUUUCUGCAAUUCCGGGCUGGGCUGUUAGAACGGCUCGUGGCCUGGCUCCCCUCCCUGAUCGAUCACCUCCGACGCCGCACAUAGUUGCGAUACUCCUUUCCCCAUCACAACAUGAGAUUGGAUAUCAAGAGACAACUCUUCGCUCGCUCGGAGCGAGUGAAGGGCAUUGACUUCCACCCGACAGAGCCAUGGAUUUUGACAACAUUAUACAGCGGUCAUGUAUACAUAUGGUCUUAUGAGACUCAGUCGAUCAUUAAAACCUUCGAACUUACCGAUGUCCCUGUCCGAGCUGGGCGAUUUAUUGCUCGUAAGAACUGGAUCGUCUGUGGUUCAGACGAUUUCCAGCUUCGCAUCUACAAUUACAACACCUCCGAGAAGAUUGCCUCAUUCGAGGCGCAUCCAGAUUACAUUCGUUCCAUCGCAGUUCAUCCGACACAGCCAUUCGUGCUUACAGCUUCCGAUGACAUGACGAUUAAGUUAUGGGAUUGGGAGAAGGGAUGGAAGUGUGUGCAGGUGUACGAGGGCCACAGCCACUAUGUGAUGGGGCUAGCAAUCAACCCCAAGGAUACAAACACAUUCGCGUCUGCGUGUCUGGAUCGGACUGUUAAAAUCUGGAGCCUGGGUUCACCACACGCCAAUUUCACGCUCGAGGCCCACGAAACGAAAGGUGUUAACCAUGUUGACUACUAUCCGCAGGCCGAUAAGCCAUACCUUCUCACUACUUCGGAUGAUAAGACUGUAAAGGUCUGGGAUUACACCACCAAGGCACUAAUUGCAACUCUGGAAGGACACACGAGCAAUGUCUCUUUCGCUUGUUAUCAUCCUGAAUUGCCUGUCAUUAUCUCUGGGUCUGAAGAUGGAACCAUCAAGAUAUGGCACGCCAACACUUAUAGACUGGAGCAAUCUCUGAGUUACGGCUUAGAGAGAGCUUGGUGUGUUUCAUACCAACGCGGCAAGCAAGGUGUUGCACUUGGCUUUGACGAUGGUGCAGUAGUAGUGAAGAUGGGCAGAGAAGAACCAGCUGUUUCCAUGGAUGGUUCCGGAAAGAUUGUGUGGGCGCGGCACAAUGAGGUAGUUUCCACCGUCAUCAAGGGUGGAGAUACUAGCGUCAAGGAUGGAGCACCGAUUUCUCUUCCUACCAAGGAUUUAGGCUCAUGUGAAGUGUACCCUCAGACACUGUCACACUCACCCAAUGGGCGCUUUGUUUCCGUCUGUGGGGAUGGCGAAUAUAUCAUUUACACCGCCCUGGCUUGGAGAAACAAGGCUUUUGGGCAAGCUUUGGACUUUGCUUGGGGCUCAAAAGAUAACAGCAACGACUAUGCUAUUCGCGAGUCGGCUACGAGUGUCAAGAUCUUCAAGAACUUCAAGGAGGUGAGCGGUGGCCUCGAUGUAGGUUUCCAGGCCGAAGGCCUUACGGGCGGUGUUCUGCUUGGUGUUCGAGGACAGGGGGGUAUCGGUAUGUUCGAUUGGGAGACUGGAAACCUAGUUCGACGUAUUGAGGUUGAGCCGCGGAACGUCUAUUGGUCUGAGUCUGGAGAAUUGGUAACCCUUGCUUGUGAUGACACAUUCUAUGUUCUGCGAUUUUCUCGAGAGAAUUAUAUCAACGGGUUGAAUGCGGGUGAGGCUGACGAGGAUGGUGUUGAGUCUGCCUUCGAAGUUGUCACCGAUGUCAAUGAAUCUGUCAGGACAGGUCAAUGGGUUGGAGACUGCUUCAUCUACACGAAUUCUACAAAUCGCCUAAACUACCUUGUCGGCGAUCAAACGUAUACGAUCUCACACUUUGAUCAGCCAAUGUAUGUUUUGGGAUACCUACCUCGUGAUGGCCGAGUUUACGUUGCAGACAAGGACGUCAAUGCCGUCUCGUUUGCUCUGUCUCUCAGCAUGGUUGAGUACCAGACUGUCGUGCUCCGUGGAGACAUGGAACUCGCAGCGGAGCUGCUCCAGGACAUCCCACAGGACCAGAUGAACAAGGUGGCACGGUUCCUCGAAGGUCAGGGAUACAAGGAAUUAGCCCUGGAGGUUGCAACCGAUCAAGAGCACCGCUUUGAGCUCGCCCUUGCCCUCAACAACCUCGACAUUGCCCUUGAAAUCGCUCGUGCUGCUAAUGCGGAACACAAGUGGAAGGUCGUUGGUGAUGCUGCUUUGUCAGCCUGGAAUUUGUCCCUGGCACAGGAAUGUUUCAUUUCCGCCAAAGAUGUUGGCUCUCUUCUGCUACUGCAUACUGCUAGUGGCAACAGAGAAGGCCUACAAGCGCUGGCGUCGCAAGCCUCUGAUGCUGGCCUUCACAAUGUCGCGUUCUCUACCCUCUGGUCGCUCGGAGAUGUCGAUGGUUGUAUCGACCUCCUCGUCCAAACCAACCGUUUAGCUGAAUCUGUUCUCUUCGCCCAGACAUACAAGCCGUCCCGAGCCCCGGAGCUUGUGGUCAGGUGGAAGGAGUCGUUGGAACAAUCUGGAAAGGCCAAGAUCUCUCGGCUCAUCGGUGUCCCACCUGGCGCACCAGGCGUGCCGGCGGAUGAUGACUUGUUCCCUGAGUGGGAAGAGUAUCUUCGACUAGAGAAGGAAGGCGUUGUUACUGAGCCAGCAUCAUCGGGCUCCCUUAUCGACGUUGAUGGGGAGGACGCUGAACCUGAACCAGAGACGAACGGCACGCAGGAGGUGGAGACGGAGGCAUGAAUGCUUUACCUGGGUAGAGUUUAAUGUGGGCAUGACUAUUUACACUGCUUUGAAGCUGCCUAGGCGGACUUGCGAAGAGCUUCAUGGAGAGGAGGGUUUUACAAUGUGGCAUUUUAAAUGUUAAUACUCAGCUAAAACUCGCUUCGGGGAGCGCUUGUUUUCUGUAUCGGAUAUCUGGUUGUCUUAGCUUCCCUUCCCCAAAUAUUAUAUUUGUCUCGAAUUAGAUUUUUGAAAUGCU